AUGGCGCGCGACUCGGUCUCUAACAUCUACGACGCCACGGCCGAGGGCAGCGAGGAUGAGCAACAAUCCGUCGAAUUUGCAGCCGGCCAGGGCAGGCCACUGACGAGCAAAUCGACCGCCGAGCUGCCCUCCUCUCGCAUCAAAAGCAUGCCCUCCUCGAGUGGUACAAGCCGUACGCCAAAUCUUGCUCAGAAUUUCGCGUUCUAUUUCUUGCCGUGUAUAAUUGCGAUUUUAUUACAGGCAUCGAUGGCAUCAUCUCGGCGUGCAGCUGCCCGAGCGCCGUCCAUCGGCGGAAUAACGUCUUUUCUUACACCUCGGUCGAUGGGGUUGUCGCCGAGUCGACGUCGCGACGGCGCCUGCCUCGAUGAAUGGAGGCCGUUUGGUCGGUUUUUGGACAUCGACGACAAGCCGAUUGGA